GUUUUCUUUUUUUCAAAAAAGUAUAUCUCAUCAGUAUCCACUGUUAAAAGCUAGUUUUAAAUUACUGAAAGACAGUGUUGAUUUAUGGAACCAUUCAUCAUAGACAAAUUUCCAUCAUUAGCCGUCAUUUUAAAUCACUGGUUAGCAGUAAUCAUCAUUAGACACCAGGAUAAUUCACUUUAGAAUUUCCAUCAUAAAAUCACCAUCCUUCCUGAGGCCAGUAUCCUCUUUCAGAAGUCAGCUCAAGCCAGUAAAAGCAAUUUUAGUCACUGCAGAAACGUUUCCAUAAAAGAUACCUAAAAAGCAAUUUCCCAAAGGUAUAAGUAUUCUUCAUUAAUGGCACUGAAAGAUGUACUGGAGAAAGAAAGACUGUUCUCUCCCUUCCAUUCUAUUUUGGUGUCGGUUCUCUCUGCACCUCUUCUAUUUGUUGCCACGCAUAACCUCAUGCAGAUUUUUACAGCUGCAGUUCCACCACAUCACUGCCAAUCCAACCUUACAUGGGAACAAUUCAGUCAGCCAAACGAUUCCUGCAACCGUUACAUCUCUUCGCUGUCCAAUGCCACAGAACCUUGCAAGCCAGGGGACUGGAAAUAUGACCUAAGUACAUACACUUCCACUAUCAUUAGUAAGUGGGAUUUGGUAUGUGAAAGAGAGUGGAUGAAGGAACUGGCACAGUCUGUCUACAUGUCUGGAGUGCUGGUAGGGGCAAUAGUUUAUGGAUCACUUGCAGACAGGUUUGGACGCAGAGUAGUCAUCUUAUGGUGUCUUCUGCAGACAGCUUCAAUGGGAACUGGGGCUGCCUUUGCUCCUUAUUUCUCCCUUUACUGCUUCUUUCGAUUCAUGACUGGCAUGGGGAUCUGUGGUUUCAUCAUCAAUGACCUUGGACUAACAAUGGAGUGGACACCAAUGAGAUAUCGUCCCACAGUUUCAAUUUUUCAAGGUACCUGUCUCACUAUUGGUCAGAUUAUCCUGGCAGGAGUGGCAUAUGUCAUAAGAGACUGGAAUUGGCUGCAGCUGGCACUUUCUGUACCCUACUUCUUCUUUUUUAUACUUACCUGUUGGGUCCCAGAGUCAUCUCGCUGGCUUGUCCUUGCAAAUCGCUCUCAGCAAGCUCUUUAUAAUCUGAAUCGAGUAGCAAGAGUUAAUGGAGACAAACAUAGAAGCCCUGUUACUCUUGAGAUGCUGAGACCUGAAACUCAGAACGAUUCCACCGCAUUGACUUCCAGAAUGACCCCUAUUGAUCUAUUUCGCACCCCAACAAUGCGAAAAAUGACCAUCUUCCUUUCUAUGUCUUGGUUCUCCAGUAGUUUCUGCUUCUUUGCUCUGGCAAUGGAUAUUCAGAAGUUUGGUCUCAGUAUUUAUCUUGUACAGGUGGUUUUUGGAUGUGUAGAGCUCCCCCUUAGAGUCUUGAGUACAGUUAUAUCUGCUUACAUUGGCAGACGAUUUGCAGUUUCCGUUUUCCUUAUUCUGCCUGGAAUCCUUAUACUAUGUAGUCUGGCAGUUCCUAAAGACUUAAUUAUAUUGCAGCUCUCUCUCACUGUGCUAUCUAAGGGAUUUCUUGGCUCUUCCAUUGUCUGUGCCUAUCUUUAUACAGCUGAAGUCUUCCCCACAGUGCUCAGGCAAACUGGACUAGGAUUCACCAACAUGAUGAUGAGAUUGGGUGCGGUGGUUGCCCCCUUGGUUAUGAUGACUAAAGCAUAUGUGCCAUUUCUUCCUCUUGUUAUUUUUGGAGCAGUGCCCAUUGUCUGUGGAUUGCCAAUUUUAUGGCUACCAGAAACUCUUGAUUGUCCUCUGCUGGAUACAGUGGACGAAGUAGAAGCCAGAGGCAAGAAUGCUACCUGUAAAACCAAAGAAAAAGAAUCUGUGUUUGGCACUAAGCUCUAGAUGACAUUUAUUUGAUAUCACAAUUUUAAAAACUGUAUAAUGAAGCAGCAGA